GGGCAUUCAUUCCUUCACUCGGAGACGACUGCUGCUCUGUUUGCGAGUGAAUCAUAACAAAACAAACGCAACAAUAAGCUGGCUGUGAAAAGAAGCAAAGGUGGUGCGCGUUUCACAAGUAUUUCAUCGUUAAUUAGUUAUUUAUUUGGAGCUUCUGUUAGCAAAUUACUUUAUACCGUGCGCCGGUGUUUCGCGUAGCUCGGGGCUGUAUAGUUAUUCCGUCGUGCAAUUGUCAGCAUGGGUCUCUUUGGUAAAUCACAGGACCGAAACCCGAAAGAUAUGGUGCAGGAAUGGUCGUCGAAGUUACGGAAAGAAUCAUUCGCACUCGAUCGCCAAAUACGGUCCAUCCAGCGGGAGGAAGACAAAAUUAAGCGCUCGCUCAAAGAGGCGGCCAAAAAGAACGACAAGGAGGUGUGCACGAUCCUGGCGAAGGAGAUGAUCCGUUCGCGGAAAGCGAUCAACAAAAUCUACACCAGUAAGGCACACAUCAACUCGGUGCAGCUACAGAUGAAGAACCAGAUGGCGACAGUGCGCGUAGCGGGCUCGCUGGCCAAAUCGACCGAAGUUAUGCAGGCAAUGCAGGCGCUUGUGAAACUCCCGGAGGUGGCCGCCUCGAUGCGCGAGAUGUCCAAGGAGAUGAUGAAGGCCGGCAUCAUCGAGGAAAUGAUCGACGAAACGAUGGAAUCGCUCGAGGACGUCGAGGAGAUGGAGGAGGAAGCGCAGAAAGAGAUUGACCAUGUGCUGUGGGAGAUUACGGCUGGUAAGCUGGGCGAAGCGCCGGCCACUCCGCUCGCCAACCCCACGAAAGAUGAACCGUCGACCUCACGUGCCGAAGAGGAGGAGGAUGAAGAGGAUGAUAUGAAGGAGAUGCAGAGUCGAUUGCAGGCACUCAGGUCGUGAAUGUUAUCCCCGUCCCCGUCCUUACUGACCACUUUCGGGGUUUUUUUUCUUAACCCACACACACACACACACACACUCACACGUACAUAACUUAAAUACUGUUCGUUUGAGGUAACGUUAGUUCUAGCUAUUUACACGUUUGCCCUCAAAGAUGUGAAUGCGAAUAAAAACUAUAUCCUGAAAGGAAUUUCUUCCCCGAUUAUGUAUGUUAAAAUAAAACUUAACUUAUCUUA